UGGCCGGAGUGUCCUCUGCGCCGCAGACAUGCGCAGUGCCGGACUGGGUGUAGUCUGGAGCCUGUCUUUUCCUGCUGGUUGUGAGUUGUGAGUCUGUGCAUGGCGGCGGACACAAAGAGCUGAUCCGAGCCGAUCCGAGCUGAACUACCGCUGCAGCAGCAGAAGAAGAGCCGGGACUCUUUCCGCAGGCCCGGGGCACGCACCGGGACGCACCGGACCCUCACAGACCACUUAGGACCAGUUCAGGAGAGUUCCAGUCGGAAGUUUUUUUUUUGUUUUGUUUUCUAAACUUUUCUUCGAGGGCUGAAUAAUGCGGAUCUGUCUCCGGGCUCUGGUGGCCCUGAGCUGGGUGGCGGUGUGCGCCCGCGCCGCCAUGGAUGAGUGCGGGGACGCGCCGGGCCGGGCGCAGCGCUGCAUGCCGGAGUUCGUGAACGCAGCGUUCAACGUGACGGUGGUGGCGACCAACACCUGCGGAGCCCCGCCGGAGGAGUACUGCGUUCAGACCGGCGCCACAGGGGUCACCAAGUCCUGCCACAUCUGCGACGCCCGGGACCCUCGGAACCACCACAGCGCCGUGUACCUGACCGACUACAACAACCAGCAGGACACCACCUGGUGGCAGAGCCAGACCAUGCUGGCGGGCAUCCAGUACCCCAACUCCAUCAACCUCACCCUGCACCUCGGGAAGUCCUUCGACAUCACCUACGUGCGUCUGAAGUUCCACACCAGCCGCCCCGAGAGCUUUGCCAUCUACAAGCGAACGAGCGAGGGCGGGCCCUGGGUGCCGUACCAGUACUACAGCGGCUCCUGCGAGAAGACGUACCGCAAGGCGAGUCGCGGCUUCAUCCGCACCGGCGAGGACGAGCAGCAGGCGCUCUGCACCGACGACUUCAGCGACAUCUCGCCGCUCACCGGAGGGAACGUGGCGUUCUCCACGCUGGAAGGACGGCCCAGCGCCUACAACUUCGACAACAGCCCUGUCCUGCAGGACUGGGUGACGGCUACAGACAUCAGAGUGACCCUGAACAGGCUCAACACGUUCGGAGACGAGGUCUUCAACGACCCGAAGGUCCUGAAGUCCUACUACUACGCCAUCUCUGACUUCGCUGUGGGAGGAAGGUGUAAGUGUAACGGCCACGCCAGUGAGUGUGUGAAGAACAGCCGGGGUCGUCUGGUGUGUAACUGCAAACACAACACGGACGGAGACGACUGCAACGUGUGCAAACCGUUCUACAACGACCGGCCGUGGAGGAGAGCCACCGCCGACAGCCCCAACGACUGCCUGCCCUGUGACUGUAACGGGAAGAGUUCUGAGUGUUACUUUGAUGCCGAGCUGUACCGGGCCAGAGGUCACGGAGGUCACUGCCGGAACUGCGCCGACAACACCGACGGGCCGAACUGCGAGCGUUGCCUUGACAACUACUACCGUGAUGCGAGCGGCAGCCGAUGCCUCGCCUGCAGCUGCAACACCGUCGGCUCGGAGUCCCCUCAGUGUGACAACAGAGGAGUGUGUGCGUGUAAACCAGGCGUCAGCGGAGAGAAGUGUGACCGCUGCCAGCCAGGCUUCCACAGUCUGACCGAGGCCGGCUGCAGGCCGUGCUCUUGCUCGCCCUCCGGCAGUACUCAGGAGUGUGACGUGAACACGGGUCAGUGUCGCUGUAAAGACAACGUGGAGGGCUUCAGCUGUGACAGGUGUAAGCUGGGCUUCUUCAACCUGGACCCUCAGAACGCUCAGGGCUGCACGCCGUGUUUCUGCUUCCAGCACUCGUCUGUGUGUGACAGCGCUGACGGCUUCAGCGUUCACACAGUCACCUCCAGCUUCCACAGAGAUGACGAUCAGUGGACCGGGCAGCAGAGGGACGGCUCCAGUGUCCCCGUGCAGUGGUCUCCCAGCGGACAGGAGAUCUCCCUCAUCUCAGAGGACUACUUCCCCAUGUACUUCGUGGCCCCAGAGAAGUUCCUGGGGGACCAGCUGUUGAGCUACGGACAGAACCUGACCCUGAGCUUCCGGGUGGACCGGAGGGACACGCGGCUGUCGGCGGAGGACCUGGUGCUGGAGGGCGCCGACCUGCGCGUCGCCGUGCCGCUCAUCGCCCAGGGCAACGCCUACCCCAACGAGAACAUGCAGACAUACGUGUUCAGGCUCCAUGACAGCACUGAUUACCCCUGGAGGCCGACCAUCAGCCACGCUGACUUCCAGAAGCUGCUGCACAACCUGACGGCCGUCAAGAUCAGAGGAACCUACAGCGAGAAGAGCGCCGGGUACCUGGACGACGUGACGCUGGUGACGGCGCGCCGUGGCCCCGGAGUCUCCGCUCACUGGGUGGAGCGAUGCACCUGUCCUCAGGGUUACCAGGGGCAACACUGUGAGCAGUGCACGCUGGGAUACCGUCGCGCCCGACCCGAGCUCGGAGCCUUCAGCUCCUGUGAGCCCUGCAACUGUAACGGACACAGCGAGGCCUGCAACCCCGACUCAGGAGCGUGUGACUGUCGUGACCACACGUCUGGUCUGAGCUGUGAACGUUGUAAAGACGGUUUCUAUGGCGAUGCGACUCGCGGCUCCUCAGAUGACUGUCAGCCGUGUCCGUGUCCCGCCGGAGCGACGUGCGCCGUGGUCCCCAAGACCAGAGAGGUGGUCUGUACCAACUGUCCUACAGGGACCACAGGAAAGCGAUGUGAGCUGUGUGACGACGGUUUCUUCGGCGACCCGCUGGGCGCCAGCGGUCCGCCUCGUCCCUGCCGUGCCUGUAAGUGCAGCGACAACAUCGACCCGAACGCUGUGGGGAACUGCAACCGCUCCACCGGAGAGUGUCUCAAGUGCAUCGACAACACCGACGGCUUCUUCUGCGACCGCUGCAAGGACGGUUUCUACGGCAAUGCCCUCGCCACCAGCGCCGGAGACAAGUGCAAACCCUGCUCCUGCUCUCCGGCAGGCACCGUGGGCCGGCAGACCGCCUGCUCGCAGGUCACCGGUCAGUGUCAGUGUCUGCCCAACGUGGCGGAGCGCGACUGCAGCGCCUGCGAGCCUGGCUUCUUCAACCUGAUGAGCAACAACGGCUGCGAACGGUGUAACUGUAACCCGAUCGGCUCCACCAACGGUCAGUGUGACAUCACAUCAGGUCAGUGCGAGUGUCAGCCAGGCGUCACCGGGCGCCACUGCGAGCGCUGCGAGGUCAACUUCUUCGGCUUCGGCUCGUCUGGAUGCAAACCAUGCGACUGCGACCCCGAGGGCUCCCAGUCGGGUCAGUGUAAGGAGGACGGGCGCUGCGAGUGCCGGCCCGGCUUCGUCGGCACUCGCUGUGACAUGUGCGAGGAGAACUAUUUCUACAACCGUUCAGCACCGGGCUGCCAGCAGUGUCCAUCCUGCUACAGUCUGGUCAGAGACAAGGUGAACCAGCAGCGUCAGAAGCUCCAGGACCUCCAGACUCUGAUCGAUAACCUUGGCUCGGGGCAGGACGUCGUCAGCGACAAAGCCUUUGAGGACCGACUGAAGGAGGCUGAGAGAGCCAUCGAGGAGCUGCUGGACGAGGCGCAGAGCAGCAAGGACGUGGACCGUGGGCUUCUGGAUCGUCUGAAUGCCAUCAACGGGACGUUGACCACGCAGUGGAACCGCCUGCAGAACAUCCGUGGCACGGUGGACUCCACGGGUGCCCAGGCCGACCGCGCCCGCCAACGGGUCCGCGACGCCGAGAGCCUGAUUGAGCACGCCCGGCAGGAGCUGGACAAGGCCAAGGACGCUAUCCGGAAAGUGGACAUCAAACCGCCGAGUGGCGCUGGAGACCCCAACAACAUGACGCUGCUGGCCGAGGAGGCGCGCACACUGGCCGACAAGCACAAGAUGGAUGCCGACCAGAUCGAGAAGAUUGCCAGAGAUGCCAACGACACGUCGACCAAAGCUCUGAACCUGCUGCAAAAGACCCUGGAGGGAGAAGGACGGACAAGCCAGGAGAUCGACGAGCUCAACAAGAAGUACAACGAGGCCAAAGAGCUCGCCAAGAGUCUGGAGAAACAGGCCCACAAGGUGCAGGCGGAGGCCGAGGACGCCAGCAGCAAGGCACUCAAGAUUUUCGCCAACCUGACGAGUGUCCCACCGCUUGACACCAAGAGCCUGGAGGACGAAGCCAGUAAGAUCAAGAAGGAGGCAUCUGACCUCGACAAGCUCAUUGAUAAGACGGAGAAGGAGUACAACGACCUGCGAGACGACCUGAAGGGCAAAGAGCAGGAGGUCCGCAAGCUGCUGGAGAAGGGACGCAGCGAGCAGCAGACGGCGGAUCAGCUGUUGGCUCGAGCCGACGCAGCCAAAGCUGUGGCCGAGGAGGCGGCCAAGAAAGGCCAGCAGACGUUCAGAGAGGCCGAGAACAUCCUGGACGACCUGAGAGACUUCGACCGGCGGGUCAAUGACAACAAGACGGCGGCGGAGGAAGCGCUGACCAAGAUCCCCGCCAUCAACGCCACCAUCAUGGACGCCAACCGUAUGACCAAGCAGGCGGAGGCUGCGCUGGGCAACGCGGCGGCCGAUGCCCGCCAGGCCAAGAGCACGGCGGAGGAGGCGGAGCGCAUUGCCAGCAGCGUGCAGAAGGGCUCCGCCAAGACCAAAGAGGACGCAGAGAAGGCAUUCCAAGACACCAACCAACUGGACGACGAGGUCAGCGAUAUGAUGCAGCAGCUGGACGCCGCCGAGGACGAACUCGCCAGGAAGAAGGCCGCCGCCGACCAGGACAUGAUGAUGGCCAGCAUGGCGUCUGAUAACGCAAAGGAGGCGGAGGACAACGCCCGUAAGGCCAAGAGCGCCGUGAAGACGGUCCUGAGCACCAUCAGCGCUCUGCUGGACCAGCUGGGAAACAUUGAUAAAGUGGACCUGAGCAAACUGAACCAGAUCGACGAGUCGCUGAAACGCGCGAAGAGCAAGAUGGGUGCCAGCGAGCUGGACAGGAAGCUGGCGGAGCUGAACGAUGUGGCGAGAUCGCAGGAGGGCAUGAUCAACGACUACGACCAGCAGAUCAGGGAGAUCCGCGCCGACAUCGCCAACCUGGACGACAUCAAGAAGACAUUACCCGACGGCUGCUUCAACACGCCAUCCCUGGAGAGGCCUUAGCCCCGCCCCCUCUUCCCUCGCCGCCUCACCUCUAACACUCUGGCAGCACGCCAACUUUACCAAAACACUUUUUAAAACUUUUUUUUUGUCCUCAGAUUCUUUGAAGCCAAUAUUUCAAGUUCACAUUUUACCAGAAGCAGCUGUUAGUUUGUCUGCAGACGUGGUGACGGCGGGACGAACUCAGCGGCGAGGAGACGCCGCCUCCACCGUGCCCGCAACCACGAACCCGCCGUGACUGCACCGUCUGUUCCACCACAGGAAGUUACCCAUCAUGCCCGGGGACUCUCCCUCAUGCCUCCUCCAGUCUCCACUCGGCUGAAUUUCUUCAGAGCGCCGCCGUCGCCCCGGGUACCAUCCUUCAUCCACAUCUCUCUUCUUUAACUCUUCUCUCCAAAGCUUCGUGUCCGACUCCGACAGCAGAGGAAAAGUGUUUCUGCUUGUUCUUUUCCUCCCUCCGCUCUGCUGCUCCAGAUGAAGUCUUUAAAUCUAAAACAUCCUCCUGUUCCUACAACGUUCAGAUCUGUUGGAUCUGUUGGUCAGAAAAUAUUCGUUUCUACGCCGAUGAUGUUGGUGUUUACAGGUGCAUCACAAUAAAUUAGAAUAUCAUAGAAAAGUUUAUUUAUGUCAGUAAUUCAAUUUAAAAAGGUGACAUAACACAUUAUGUAUAUCCAUUACACACAGAAUGAAACAUUUCAGGUCUUAAUUUAAUUUAUUCUUAUUAUAAUGAUUAUGGCUUACAUUUAAUGAAGACCUAAAUUUCAGUGUCUCAAAAAAUUUGAAUAUUACAAAAGACCAAUUUUAAAAAAGUAUGUUAAAUAUGGAAAUGUUGGCCUCUGAAAAUGAUGUCCAUCUAUAUGACUCAGUACUUGGUUGGGGCUAUUUGACUUGAACUACUGGAAAUGGACCUUUCAUCAUUUUCUAAUGGAUUGAUAUGAUCCUGUACUCUUAAAGGGACAAUUCACAUUUAUGGGUGGUAUGAGGUUUUUAUUCAUCGUGUCACAGAGAAUGAAGCUGUUCUCUCUCUGCUCCAGACUCCAUUCACAAAAACAGGGAUUUUAGUUCACAGAACGCAGGAAUUGUUAAAAGUAUUCACAUGAACAGGUUUAUAGGAUUUACAUUUGCUUAUUUAAACACGUUGAUGCUGUAAAACGGUUUCCACCAAAAUCACCAAACCAUCAAACCAGUGUCGUCAAAAUAAAAAAGAGCAGCGUGAGGCUUAAACUCUUCUGGCCAUAUCUCAGCAGCUAUAUCGGUUAACAGCAAAAAAUGUCAGAAAAUGCAGUUUUCAGACACUCGGAUGUGAAGGUUCUCUGCUUUCCUCUGCUUCACAUCAGAUUUGGGCAAAACAAGACAUUUAAAAACAAGGAAAACUAUAUUUAGUUGCAGUUGAAAUGACUGACAAUGGUUUCGUGAAUGGAGUCUGGCUGAGAGAAGAGAAUGAGUGUUCUAAUGAUCUGAAUGUUUUCAGACAGUGAAGCUGCAGACGACCGUCAGCUGAUCAGAUAAAUACCUCAAACAUCCAAACUGUCCUUUACCAAGUUUUCAUCUUACAGUCAUGGAAAAAAUUAUUAAACCACCCUUGUUUUCUUCACUUUUCUUGUUCAUUUUAAUGCCUGGUACAAAUAAUGGUCCAUUCGUUUGGACAAAUAUAAUGACAACAACAUAAGAGUUUAAUUUAAGAGCUGAUAUCGAGACAUUUUCCAUGGUUUUCUUGAUGAGAACCAAAAUCAUUUUCAAGAAAACCAUGGAAAAUGACUAGAUAUCAGCUCUUAAAUUAAACUAUUUUCUUGUUAUCAUUAUAUUUGUCCAGACAAAUGUACCUUUAGUUGUACCAGCCAUUAAAAUGAACAAGAAAUUGAAGAAGACAAUGUGGUCUAAUAAUAUUUUUUCAUGACUGUAUAUGAACGUGCAUGUUGCGUGCACAAGUUAAUAUCUUGUUCCUAAAAGAAACCAAGGUCAGCGUGAAGUUCUGCACAAAAUAUUAACUUGUGCAGAGAAGACAAAAGUUGUCAGAACAAGAUUUUCAGAAUGUGUUUAAGAUGUGCAGGUUGUGUGAACAGAGAUGUUCUCUGCAUGUCUCUCCAGAUACACGAAACUAAAUUUCUGCUGCUCGUCUCAUUAACAUUUCUUUCUUCCGGCUUAAAUAAAUCAACACUAUGCAACUUUGUACAUUUUGCGUAGGGAGAAUUUUAUCUGAUACACUGGUGCUAAUAAUUAUUUCAAAUGUUCUAUUUUUGUGUGAAUGUUUUUUAUUAUGACAUAGAGUGAGGAAUGUGUUAUUGUGUAAAUAUAUUCUGCUUCAGUGAUUCAGGAGCGGCUGAUUAAAGAAACACUAAACCGCCACAAUCAAUCAACAGAAACCUCCAGGUUCCUCUAUAUGAUAUUAUGUUAUUAUUAUAUCUGAAGCUUGCUUGUAUACAGGCUGUACGCUGCCUCGUAGCCGUGCCAUAUUUCAUGUGUGUUAUUGAUUCCAGCUAACUGAAUAUUUGUGUUUAGUUCUUUUUGACCUGUCAGAAACUUCACGAGUCCAUUUAUUGGCUCAGGGACACGACAAGCUCGCUGUGUCUCAUUAGUGUUGUUGUGCCUUAAUAUAAAGUUCAGACUGUAAUCAAAGUGCCCAGCUGCCCUUUCACAAUAAGAGUCCUCCAGGUUGUCUCUGAUCAGGUCCUGAACACGCUCAGAUCAUUAAACAUGGUAAAGUGUUUGUGAAUCUGAACCAGAGCUGCAACUGUCAGACAGAUUAUCAAUUUUCAUGCAAAAAUUCACUUUCCAGCCUCUUAAAUAUGAAGAUU